CCGGCCCUGGCGGCGGCAGGUCGAGGCAGCAGGCAAGCAAGCGGUCGCCUGGCGUGGCGUGUGCUGGGGCAUUGCAGAGCCAGGCGCCAGUGCUGGGCUGGAUCCAAAGGAUACAGUUGGGGGAAAACAAAAAAACCAACAAACCAGAUCCCAUCGGGCAAAGGUUCUUGUGCUUUGAAUCCCCGGGUUUAAAAAGAGCCACCAAAAACCAAAAAACAAAAAUGCCCGCUGAUACCAUGGAGAAACCGACAGCCUCUCCCAUUGCAGGGGCCCCGGCUAGUUCCAGCCAGACGCCGGACAAGCCCAAGAGUGCCAGCGAGCACCGCAAGUCUUCCAAGCCUAUCAUGGAGAAGCGGCGCCGCGCCAGGAUCAAUGAGAGCCUGGGGCAGCUCAAGACCCUCAUCCUGGAUGCCUUGAAAAAAGAUAGCUCCAGACACUCCAAGCUGGAGAAGGCAGACAUUCUGGAGAUGACGGUGAAACACCUGCGGAACCUGCAGCGGGCUCAGAUGACAGCUGCCCUGAGUGCUGACCCCACCGUCCUUGGCAAGUACCGAGCUGGAUUUAACGAGUGUAUGAACGAGGUGACCCGGUUCCUCUCCACCUGUGAAGGGGUGAACACGGAUGUGCGCACUCGCCUGCUCAGCCAUCUCUCAGCUUGCCUGGGCCAGAUCGUGGCUAUGAAUUAUCCACCCCCACCUCCGCCGCCAGCUGGCCAGCCCGCACAUCUGGCGCAACCUCUGCAUGUUCAGCUGCCCCCAGCUGCUGCUGCCGCUGGACCGGUGCCCGUGCCCUGCAAACUCAACCCCGCCGAAGCCCUGUCCCCCAAGGUCUACGGAGGCUUCCAGCUGGUCCCAGCCACGGAUGGGCAGUUUGCAUUCCUCAUCCCUAACCCUGCUUUCCCUCCCGGCGCUGGACCUGUCAUCCCCCUCUACGCCAAUGCCAAUGCCCCUGUCUGGAGGCAGCGGCCCAGGGAACACAGCAGUCACCCCGUCGGCAUCCCCAGUACAGGGGUUGACAUCCUUUGGGGGAAGUUAGCUCCAGUAUCCCAAACUGGGAGCCCCAUUGGGGAGCGCAGUGAAUCCGUCUGGAGACCAUGGUGACUUGCUUAAAGCAAUGCCCCCCAAAAACUGUCUUGGUUGGUUCCGUUGUAUGGAACCUUGCUUGGUUUUUUAAAGCAAAUUUGAGAGAGAGAGAGAAAGAAAAGGGGAAGAAAAAAAAAAAAAAAGGACUUGAGUACAAAGUCUCUAUUUAUUGUUUCCAGAGGUUGGGAUCUCUACUUUUAUUUUUACUCCUUGAAAAAUGCUUUUAUUUGGAAAAGACAUGGUUUGGUUUGGUUUGGUUUGGUUUGGUUUUUUUUUUUUUUAAAAAGAAAUCAAAUAGUUUUGUAUCAAAUAUUUGCAAGAAGAAUAAUGCCAAAGUUGUUUGUAUCUUGGUUGGAUGGGUGGGUGGGUGUGUGUGCAUGAAUGUGUGAGUGCGUGUGUGUGUCAGAGACUUCCAAAAAGUUGCAGGUGUUUGAACAA